GAAAAGAAUGCAGCAGACGCUAUGACGAGCAAUACUGACUGGCACAAGUACUUUCAACCAGCCAUCUUCGGCACUUGGAUCAGGCUGCGAGUCGCUUCGCUUCGGCUGAAAUGCAACGAAUUCGGUCGACGCUUCUCUAAAUGGCGGCAUCGUGUUCCAGCCAAAAGGCCGCCCCUACUUCUCACGACUGGGGGCAUGGCUCUACAACUGUUUUUCCAGCUCGUCAUGAUAGUUUUCAUUUGCGCCCUUUGGCACAUAUCGCAACGUAAUAACGGCCUUGCCACUGUGCCAGACAAUGACAACGCUUCCUUUGACUCGAAAGGCUUCCACCCAGCCUCCAUUUGGAGCUCAUCCAUCGUCUGGGCCACAGUCCCGGCCUGGAUUAUCUCGGCAUACUCCUCGUUGUGGUCGGCCAUGCUCGAAGCUCUCAAGAAAGUCCAACCAAUCCUGGAACUUGACAGGCCCAAUGCGACACGGCAUACGAGCGCUCUGGUAUGGAAAACGUGGAAGCAAAGACUGUUGUCCAUCGUUGGCCGAAAGCCGUCUCAACCACAAAUGACGACCCCGAAUCGCUCGACCGCCAAACGCACACUACUUCUGGACUAUGGGGAAUGGCCAGUACUGAAUGGGUUUAAAGCCAUCAAACAGGGCCACGUGCUCCUAGGCAUAGGCAUGCUUCUGCGCGUGGCCCUCUGGACAGCAAGCGGUCUCUCGGCUGCCAUCUUUGCUGUCGCUCAAGUGCCCCGAGAGACAGAUACAGGUCUAUACAGUGACAAAUUCUUUGAUGAGUGGCUAGGAUGGGACGAGGGCAGGGGAUCCAACACUUCAUCAUCAAUACCAGCCAUGGAGAUGGUGAGUGCCACAGUUUUGAGGGGGGGCCAGAACUAUUCUUGGACGACAGCGACGCACUCUUUCUUGCCCUACUUCCCAAUCGAGAAGAAUGCAUCUGGAAACUACACCUUUGACACGGAAGCGUACUGGGCGACGGUUGAGUGCAACGCCGAAACAGAAGAGGACCUAGUACGUGCCGGCGCCCUUGAGCUCGCUCUCGAGGAAGAUGAUGAGUACGACUCUGCUCAGCUUCGGAUCAGGUUCAAUUCAGGCGGCUGCAACAUCUCCAAGUGGAUGAACCUCUUCAACAGCACGCUAAAAUACGGAAAGUCAUGGUCGGUUGUCGACUGUGGCCUGGCUGCCGGUCGCAUGAGGAUCGGCAUGCUUACUGGCACAUACAACGCCUCUAAACGAUUCCGCCUCUCAAACCUCACCGUCGUCACCUGUAUGCCAACGAUGUAUCGGUCAAAAGCGACCCUCGAGGUUUUCCUGUCGAACGAUCCCUUCAUAGCCAAGGUGCUCAACUUUACGCAGCACGACAAGGAACAGUUCUGGCCGGGCUUUUCCCGAACCUGGAUACAAGAGAUUGACAUGUACUCGGUGUUCGAUCCAAAAGCCUACAUUACCAUGGACAGCUUCGCGCGUCUUGUCGUCGGCCACGCCUCUAACGAGCUAACCCUCGAGAAUAUUCCCGACGGUGAAACACUGCUCAGUUCGUUUCAGACUGUAUUCCAGGCGUUUUUUGCCAACUUUGUCUCUCUGCAAGCCUACUAUCCCGCAAAGAACGCCACCAUCACAGGGAAGGUGUCACGGCUGCAGUUUCGCCUUUUCGUGGUCAAGUCACCAGCCUUUGCGGUCGUUGGCAUCAUUGCGACUGUCUUCUGCGUUACCCUGAUUCUUCUGGUCCAUCUACGCGAGAACCGGGCCAGCAUGGAAAAGUUCCUUGACCUGAUGCUCGGAAACGCUCUUCUGUUCCGCCGAAGUGAUGGAGUCGAGCCUUUCUUGCAAACACUCGAAAACCGAGCCCUUCAGACGCAGCAGCCGCCGGAGACCGUUAACUUGGUCAAAUUUGCGGAAAAACAGAAGGACAUGGAGAGCUGGCCCACGUGGAUGGACAGUACAACCGGAGAUGUGUACGUCGAGGCACCACCAACUCCCCUCCCACGUCCUCCUGGUCUGCAAGCAAGUGGCAGUGGUAGUUCCCAUGCACCGUUGACACCUGCUGCUGCACCGACAGCACAGAACACCUCGAUCCCCAUGCAGACUCUACCGCGUCAAAACUCAGGGGGGAUAUCAUACACAAGCUAA